CCUCGCACACCUUACAGACGAAACCCUGACCUCUCUCUUACCGCUUACCCCAUUGGCAUAUCAAGGGCCCCAAUGAACCGCGCCCCAGGUCCUUACAUAAUGUCUGCUCCAGACCCCUCUACCGCUGUCCGCCGCAUCACAAAGAUUGUGGAUAGGAAGGGACGGCCAAUUCCCGAAAAUGGAGGUAGAGAGUCCAAGAGUAAUGUCUUGUUCCAGGAAGCGAGUGGGACGUGGAGGAGCAUGAAGUUGCAGAAUGCACAGGUUACAGAUACGGCCGGAUGGGUCAGGAGUGCGAUUCGUGUCAAAACAACGACAGAUGCUGCACACAAGCGGCUGAGAGAAUUGGGUAUUGGGAUGUAUGGUAAGCGGAGUGGGUCGCCGGGGAGUGUUGCGCCAUCCCAGAAUGCUACCCCAUCACAGAAAGUUACUCCAUCCCGGAGUGUUACUCCGUCUAAGAAGGGAAGUGCGGUUAGGAGUACUGCGAAUGUUCAGGCGGAAGCAGCCGAUGUCGAUGAGAGUAUGAGGAUGAUCAUCGCGAUGGAGAAUACGGUGUUGCCUGUGAGGCUUAGGGGGAGGACAAAGACGCAGGAAGAGUAUGAUCAGGAGUUGGCGAGAUUGAUUUCGGAUCAGUUGAAUGGGUUUCGACGGAGGAGGGGUUGAACCCAAAAUCAUUGGUGGGUGGGUUGGCUAUAUUGGACUGAUCGGAUGGAGUUUGGGCAUUUGUGAUAUCCCA